AUGGACAAAUCGAACGAAUUAACAUUGACACAAGCAGCACGUGAAAACAUAACUAACAGUCAAGCACAAUAUAAAUCUCGUUAUGAUACACAUCGUCAAGAUCCAUCGUACAAAAUCGGCGAUUUAGUACUCAUUAAAGCUGUGCAUCAUAAAUUCGAUGUUAGAUAUGAAGGACCAUUUAGAAUAACCCAACAAAAUGCCCAAAAACAUUCAUCGCAGAACAUGUUAAGAAAACCACAUUACAUCGGCAAGUCACCGUUGAUGUGA